CGUUUAGUUUUCCGUGUUUUGUGUGCGUAUGGUUCCAUCUGACCAGGGGCCACUGGCGCCCCCCUUCAAGAGACGAGAUGGAGCCUCGUCACGGAAUUAUGAAAGCCUUUCCCAAAGUUAAAAGAGCCAAAGUAUUUUCAGGAAAGGAUGCACCCCCGGUAAAGAAGAAACCUGAAGAAUGUGAUGUCACAGGAAACACCUUUAAUGGUGUCACAGUGUACAUCCUGCCUGCUGGAAUAGGAAAUGCACGAUGCCAGAUCUUUCAAAGACAAAUUCAGCAGAAUGGAGGACAGACGGAGAGUUCGCUGUGUCCCAGUGUCACACAUGUUGUUGUGGAUGACAGCAUGGACUGUGAAAGAGCUCUGCGCUUACUAAAAGUCGAUUGUAUGCCCUCUGGAGUCCAACUGGUGAAGUGCAUUUGGUUGAGCUUGUGCAUCGGUGAGAAACAGCUGUUGGAUGUGGACAGCUACAGCCUUCUUUUACCCAAGAGGGAAUCUGAAACACAGCAUGAAAACAUUAAAGAGGAGUUACCGAGUGUCAAGCCCGCUGCAGAAACUAUUCUAGAGCCAGAACCAAAUCAAACAAAACAAGAGGACACCACAGACAAAACAUUCCCAGACACUAAAGAGGAAGUGCGAGGAGACGAAGACGGGGUUUCUCAGAGUGACCUGGAAGCUCUCAUCACUGGCCAGCACCCCAAAGAGGAGACUCCUGGCUGCAGUCUCAACCCCAGUCCAGACUCCGCUGCUCAGAAGGUGGUCUCAGGGAAGUGGGUCUGUGCCCAGUCCUCUCAGUCCAAAAGUAACAACUUCAACAAACACAUCACAGACAAACUGGAAGUGCUGGCCAAGGCCUACACACACCAGGGGGACAAGUGGAGGGCGCUGAGCUACUCCAAGGCUGUCAACGCACUCAAGAGUUACCACAAGCCUGUUACGUCGUAUCAGGAAGCUUGUCAGAUCCCGGGAAUUGGGAAGAGCAUGGCUGACAAAAUUGAUGAGAUCAUGGAAAGUGGUCACCUGCGGAAGCUGGAUCACAUCGGUGAGGCUGUGCCAGUGUUGGAGCUUUUUACUAACAUCUGGGGUGCAGGGACGAAAACUGCACAGCUGUGGUACCAACAGGGAUUUCGCACUUUGGAGGACAUCCGCACAAAAGCCCACCUGAGCAACACUCAGAAAAUAGGACUCAAACACUACGAUGACUUUCUCAACCGCAUGCCCAGAGAAGAAGCAGCAGCCAUAGAGAAAGUGUUGAAGGAUGCUGUCAUGACCAUAGACCCAGGACUGGUGGCAAUGGCGUGUGGCUCGUACCGUCGAGGAAAGGCCACUUGUGGAGAUGUUGACGUGCUUAUAACCCAUCCUGAUGGCAAGUCCCACAAGGGGGUUUUCAGCAAAGUGUUACAGAUCCUCCAUGACAGUGGCUUUUUAACAGACGACCUGGUGAGCCAUGAGGAGAAUGGAGAGCAGAAGAAGUACCUGGGUGUUUGCCGUUUGCCAGGACCCGGCCAACGCCAUCGCAGGCUUGACAUCAUCGUAGUGCCCUACAAUGAGUUUGCUUGCGCUAUCAUGUAUUUCACCGGGUCGGCACACUUUAACCGCUCAAUGAGAGCUCUGGCAAAGACAAAAAACAUGAGCUUAUCAGAGCACUCGCUGAACAAAGACGUGGUGCGUCAGGGUAGCUUGAAGGUGUACGGCGGCACUCCGUUUACUACACAGACAGAGAAGGAUGUUUUUAGUCUUUUAGGCAUACCGUACAGACAGCCUCAUGAAAGGGACUGGUGAUGAGUAGCCAAGUAAAUCAGUUUUCUGGUUUUAUAGAAAAUGAUGAUGAAAUGGAAGCUGCAAUUAUGUUCAAAUAACCACUUUUAAGAAUGUUUAACUGCUCCAAAGAUCAUGCAAGAGCAGCGUUUGACUUGAAUGCUAAUUUUAUUCUACAGUUUAAAAGCUCAGGUUGACUCAAAUCAAGAACAAUAUAUUUUUCUUGCUUAUCCUCUGCUGUAUUUGUCCCUACAGAUUGUUUAGGUGGAAUGUGCUGAUGUUUUGCAAUGUCCACUUCUGAAACUCCUGCUGGCACCCCAGUCCAAUACAAUGAAUGGAAUAAUGCUGUAUGGUCUGUUUCUUAAACAGAAGGAUUAAUCUUAGUGAACCAGAACAUUGUUUAAAGAUAAGUUGCAGUUGAGUUUCAAGUCAAUUUGUGAAACUUCCAUUCAAUAAUGCUUGCAUCAAAGGUUUCAAAGGUGAAUAUUUCAAAACUUAAGCAGGUAAAUCCAACACUAUGUGAGGGGCUAGAUACCACUAGAGGUAAGUGGAAAAUUUUGAUUUUCUGGCAACACUAGUGAACUGGCCCUUUUUAAAGAUGUUUUAAUAUCAGAGAUGAUUGAUACUGUAUGUUUUAUGAAAGAUAUGUAAUGAUAAUAAAACAUGUGAGAGGGUAA